UAGUCCUUGGAUUUUUUAUGUCAGUUUGUGUUAUUGUCAGAUAUGUUUAUGUUUCAUUGUACUCCAUUUAUUUUGAAUUUGUUGUCUUGAUAUAUUUGGAAAUGAGCCUGCACAUUUUUGUGCUGUCUGCUAUAACUAUAGGGAAAUUUAGCAAUAUGGUGGAAGCAAAAUAUUGCCCGAUAGAAAUUGACGGAGAUGUCAAGUAUUACAUUUGCCCCCGCAAUGAGAUAUGCUGCACAUUUGGAUGCUGCAUCUCCUCCAACUUCCACUUCUACCAGCUUUGGUAUUAUUGGCUCAUGGUGAUCUUGAUGUUCCUUCUGUGCUCUGGCGGUACGUGGUGGUACCGUUACUGGUUACAGGAAGGACACUACCCUCCCGCCCCACCACCUAGUCAUCGGCCCCCUCACCAACACCUGCGACCCCGACCCCCCGCCACACGUGUCGCUUAUCACGCUGGCCGGAACACUGUUGUUGUUCAACAGAUCUGGAAGCCCCAGAGAAAUGGACCCAUGGGUUACCCUACACCGCCGCCCUCGUACAGUGUGGUGCAGAAUUCGAGUGCAGGGGUUCAGUCGGGGGCAUCGGGAGUCCCCACUCAUCUGGCCAAGCUGAAGCCCUCCCCUUACUACCAGUUGUAUGGGCCUCCGCCCAGCUACGACUCUGUCAUCACCGAAGCGCUGUCUGAGCGAAGACCGGACGGUACAUGUGACUUGGUGCCACGAGUACACGAAAACCAGACACGUGAUGUACCACUACAGUCAUCUACUGCUGCUGUCACCCCGAGUUCACAGUCCUCGUCCUCGUCGAGAAGCUGCCGUAACAACGACUCAGAGCUGCCCAAGUAGUAUCCACUGCCGAGUUUAUGUUUUUCAUUUAAAAGUUACCAUUUUUUACUCUAGAUUGAUAGUCUAUUGUGAUAUCAAUAUCAAACAUCAUACUUUAAAUUUGAGCUCACUCAUUUGGAAAGAAUUAACACCGAUUUCUUCAAAAAUAAAAGGCCCACUCAUAAAAAUAAUAUCUUUAAUAUAUAUUAAAGUUUCUCCAAUUUGGGAUGAAAAUAAAACUGAAUUAGAAAGUAAAUUUUGGUUUUUCUAACCACUAAAUUCAUCUUGGAAUAUGCCCCAUACUUGCAUAAUCAACAAGUGCAUAGUCCUUAACCUUAUUUAUAUUCCGCCUGGUUUAUGGUUCAGGGGAUUGUAAAUUAAUUCAGUUUACAGUAGGUUCUUCUCUUUUUUUGUCUAACUUGGAUUAGACUUUCUUGUUGAUUUUGGACGAGUGUUACUAUGCGUAUAGUUAGUAGUACUGCUGGGCAUGAAUUAUUAUUACUUUCCCAUUAAUGCUAAUUGAUGUAUGAGUGUGGGUACUGUUUGAUUAUGUCGGCUCAUAAUUUAAAUUUAAUUUUUUUUAUCAAACAUAACUAAACAGCUUAGAACGAAACAUUUAGCUAACACAUCAACAAUUAAAUUUAAUAAACAAGUUAUUUAAAUUGAUAAUUAUUUAGAUAUCCAUUGUUUAGAUUAGUUCAUGGCAAUGUAUAAUACAAAUGAGUGAGUCAUUUAAAGUUGUAUUCCUCAUUUAUGUUUUUAUUUGUGCACAAAUCGAACAGCAAGGGAAUAUGAUAAUUUUUUCUUGACAUAAUUAUUUUUGUAGAGAAUGUAGAGGAGAAGAUGAGGUAUAUCUGAUAAAUAUCACUGUUUGUAAUUAACAAUGCGAAUUACAAGUAUUUAGCUAUGAGAUAGUCAUAUACAAAAAGGGUAUAAAUCACUCAUCUAUCUUUCUUGUAACUCUUCACAAAUUGUACUUUCCAUUCCUUAGUUGUAAACUUACUUGUGGAAUUUUACAAUUUAAAAUGCUACAUGAUCUCUUAAUUUGUGAGAUAACGCUAUGUUAUCGCUAGGUAAAACAUUGUACAUAUGCCUUAUCAUAUGCUUCUGGGAGAGAGAUAAACAGUGCAUUUUGUUUACAAUAUUUAUGGUAAUGUGUAUAAAAUAGCUACUUUUUGCACUUUAUUUAAAUAAUUAUUUAAUUGCAUAAUAGUGAAGUUAUGCAUUGAUAUCACAUACAUAGAGCUGGAAGACUGUUUGCAGUAUUGUUAAAUGUAAAUAUUAAUACAUUUGGCUGCUUUUUACACGUCCAUUGCAGGUAGCUGUCAGGAAUAGUUUGCAUCUUGCAAUAAAACUCCAUUUGGACAGUUAUGAGCCCCUUACAAAAACACUGGUGGAUUUCUGGACAGUUAACCCUUUGCACGCCACUAUCGUUAUGUUGUUUCUGUAAGUCCAAAGCUAAUUUUUAUUAUAACUAAAUUAUAAAAGGUAAAAGCAAAAAAGGUAUAAAACAGGGCAUUUUACUUAAAAUUAGCGUAUUUAUUGUUAAAAAUAAAAAAGAACUAUUUA